AUGUCUCUGGAAUUCGAGGUCAUUGAGAGUCAUCAUGUCGCCUUCUCUGGUAUCUUCAUUCUCAUCUGCACUUGCAUCAUUCCUUUCUUCUAUUUAAAAGGUUUCAAAAGUCAUCCGAAGCUUGAGAGAUCCGAUGCUCCGUUCGCGCAAGGGCGGAAACAGUUGAGACCGCCACGUACAGUCAAGGCAGAUUCAGAAUGGACAUCGUCGAGGGAAUUAGAAUUCUACAAAGAGCUCUAUUUCAAGCUUCAAAAUCUGGAGGAGCACUCCGAUACAAUACCGAUCGCACGACAAGCUUUACUAGCUCUACUUUCGCAGGCACUGGAGGAUUACGUCAAAACACCCGACACCAACAUACUGUCUAUCAAAAGCUUUGACAAAGAGGAGCUUGCCCGCUUUCUCCAGAGCCAUCAGGAUGAUGUCACAAGUCGAUACCAUCAGUAUAUCAGUCGUCGACAGUCGGGGGGUCCGCGUGAGCUUUUUCAAGAUCACCAGGCGGCUGGAAAUUGGCUGAGGGAAAUUGCACCGCUAAAAUUGGUAGACGGCGCCUGGCUAGGGCAUUUAAACAAGAUCACAAUGCCUUUCUCGUUGAGACAAAUAGUGAAGCAGACAUGGCAAGUGUUUACAGAAGAGCUAGGGAAUGGGAACCGUGACCAACAUCAUGUCAAGGUCUUCGAAGACCUUCUGGGGGAAUUUGAACCAGACUUACCCUCACCAACAACAAAAGCUAUCCUGCAUCCUCGAUACAAGCUAGGCAGUCUCAAAUAUUGGAGAGCAGCUGUGGCGCAACUACUAGUGGCUCUGUUCCCGCAAGAGUUUCUGCCUGAGAUUCUCGGGUUUAAUAUGCAUUUUGAAGCGCUGCAACUGGAUACCAUGCAAGCGUCGAAGGAAUUACCCGAAGUGCGACUCAGCGCAUAUUAUUUCCUGCUUCAUAUUUCGAUUGACAAUAGCCACUCGGGGCACGCUGCCAUGGCCAUGGAAAGUGCCGCAGACUAUAUUCAGCAUGUUGCUGAGAGUGAGGGGCAGGUUGCUGCUGAGGUAGCGUGGAAAAGAAUUCAGGCAGGGUAUAUUUUCAGCGAAUGGCAAGCUCAACAAGGAAAUCAACCAACAAAUCUUAUUGCACAGCUCAAUGACGACUCUUGUGAUCGAUUGGAGUCCAAGGUUCUUGCGAUAUUCGGCUCGAAAAUUCAGGCUGCUCACAGACUGCACUGUGGUAGCCGGGUGAGGAUUGGAAAGCGCUCGCUGGCUGAUUGGCUGGAUCCCGAAGCGUUCUCGGCUGAGGAAUGGCAGUUGGAGUUCCUUCGAAGUCUGAGCACGUGCAAACCAUGGGUAUAUCCAGGUGACAGCAAAAAGAGCAAAUUGAUACAAGAGCUUCAAUGGGGAGGCAAAAUGUACGGCUCUUUUACAAAGAGCGAGCUCGAGACGCUUGAGCUCUGGAUCAAUACCCUUGGUUAUGACCGAAACCCCUUUUACUACUCUUUCAUCGAGCCAACAGCUCCCUCACUGAGCCAAACAUCCAAUGAACCACAGACCGACAAGACUGAUAAUUCUAUCCUCGCCGUUGGUGAGACUGAAACAGCAAGCCUCCUCUUUAAUGACCAGCUGGGGAAGGAUGCACUCAAUUUGCCCUUACUAUUUCCGCUCUGGUUUACCCAGUGCUGCCUCUUGGAAUCAUUUUUGUAUGCCCCAGGAAGGACGAGCGAUAAGAUCGGCUGCGCUGUGGUACGUUUCUUGCGGGCUCAGUCCGGCUUCGAAGCGGAGGACUUGAUUGUGACAGGAGCAGACGAGCCUCGCGCAGCAGAGAAUGGAGGUAUCAUUGAGUUUGGUCUGGAAAUGAUCCGACGAGCCUCCCUUCCCGCCCCUCAAGGCCUCCAUGAUCUCCUCUCCCGAUGGCCGUCCGAGUUUGCCACGACAAUGCUCAAAUUAGCUUCCAGUCCCAUUCAAAACUUCGGUGUGCUUUUGGGAAUGUCCAUGGCAUUUCUUGAAUUACAGGAGAUGGUAUCAGAAUUUUCAAAUUCCGGCUUGCUUUGUUCAAAGAGCAGUGAGCGCCUUGCAUCGUUGGUUCGGAGGCAGUACCAGUGCUUGCAGAUAUGUCUUCAGGAGAUCCCGGCCGGGGAUGCCCGUCGUCUAGAUUUCAACCGUGGGUAUGGCAUGGCGAAGGCGGAGAUCCAUAAAUGCUCCGGGCAAACAAUGUGA